GAAAAACGAUCGGGGGAGAUAAAAUAUGUACCCUCCGUCGAUAAAACAGAGCUGACGAAAUUUAUGUUAUUAAUUGAACAGUUAUCGGCUGAUAACUGCAACUUAUCCGUGCAACACAACGGUUGCGUCACAUCGGUCCGCAGGAAGUGGAAAAGUACCGUGCGGGGGCAAUCUGUCGCGUGUAGCUCCUUUUGUUCGCGGCGAGAGAGAACGGAGACGCGCACCCGCGCGUGAACCAUACGGCGAUCCGUUGCAAAGAGGGAAAAUGAAGGGAGCGUUGAUAAUCCAAACAGUACGUGUAAACGAACCAGAGCCGGGUGAUAAGCGUAUCGCUGAUAUACACGUCGAUCGUAGAAAGCAAUUACCGAAGCAACGUUAAUCUUGAAGUUAACUCCACUUUCGAAAGAAAAAAGCGGUGGUAGUCGUCUACGAAUGCACAAAGAUCUACCGAUCUGUGUAAACUGUAAUAAUCAUUUAUCUUUGAUCACUAUUUAUCAAAUGAUUUUACUAGAGUGUAUAAAUAAAACGCAUACGAGUACCUUAGAAUUCUUUCUGAAAGCACGCAUCGCCAUGUAUCGUCAGUUGGUCAGGCAGAUUUCUGGUCGUUACGAGGCGAGUAAUUUAUUCUCGUUUUGUGAAACAAGUUACGAAAAAAAACGCGACAACGAUCACGAACGCCCAAUUGCCCAAGCCGUAGCUAUCUAUUACGUCUCAUUCUCAUGGCGAGAGGAGAACAUCGUGCCUCAGAAGCAUCGUCGAUGGGAAAUUUGCAAGCGAAUUAUUCGUCAUAAACGAUGUUGGCUAUCGAUGUUGCAAAUCAAUUGCUAUCUCUGCAGAAGAUGCUCCACUUACACGCGAUAAUGUUACAAGGAUAUCUUUCUUGCUAAUUAAUCAAACGAUGAAAAAACGCUGUAUAUAAUUUGUACGAGCAACAGAUGUUACACUUUCAACUAAAUUCUUAGAAAGUACAUCGUGUUUUGUGUUCGAUGCAGAAAUAAAAUUGACCUUUAAUUUUACCUUAAUAGUUAGGUUAUUACUAUUCAUCACAAAUCAUGUAUUUUACUCCUACGGUGAACAUGAUAUAAAAUAUAAAAUAUAACAAUACAAAA